AGAACUUGUCACAUGACAUGAUGCGGAAGAACUACAAUCUCAUGCUAUAGUUGCACAGGACAGUCUAUCUACCAUGACUAUGAAGGAGGAAGCACCGAGUGUCCCUGAGUGUUACAUCUCAGAACAUGAAGGGUUCUAUGGAACCAUCAAGAACUCCACCAGAGACUUUGUAGUCACAGAGAUAGACAUCCAUGGCCAGAUGGUCACUAAACCCAGUGUAUCUGAUGUUCCUCAAUCAUCCAACAUUACUGAGGCAUGCCCAGGUGCCAAGUCUGAAGGAAAGACAAAUAUUAUUAGCCCAAAACAUCAACACAACCUCAAAGAAGAGAAUUGUCCUCCGGUUGUAAAGGAUGUGGAUUCAGAACCUGGACCCGGUCAGAAUGGUGACAUCACAUCCACCGCCAGCCAAGACUGUUUUGACCUGAGAAUGAUACUGGGUCAGGUUGCCUGUGAAGAGCUAGAGCAGUUCACUGCUUUAUUGAGAGAGGUGUCAUCAAGUCCCAAUGAUGGCGUUGAGAAGAAUCUGGCCAACCAAGAAUCAUCCAAUGGCAGUGAGAAGAAGAUGGCCAAUCAAGAGUUGUCCCUGGGUUCAUUCCCAGACAAACACCAAAGAGCUAACGUUCACCGUGCUGUCCGACACAACUUUCCCUUCCUGUUGACAGUAACCAACCAAUCAGAGAUCAGGGUUAAGGAGGACCCUGCCUUUAAGCUCCUAUCAGGUUUGGUCUCUGAGGAGGAGGCCGAAGACUUUAUCAGGUUCAUCGACACCAAGAUGCCUAACUCUGUGUACACGUUCAGGGGUGAUGACAGUAAGGAGCACAGGACGGCAGUGCACCACUUCCUCAGUAGACGGUUUGGUAAACUGGUGGAGACCAAGAGCUUCAGUGACCAGCAGCAGAAGACUACAGCCAUUACGGUGAGGUUGAGAGAAAAAGGGAAACCCAGGAAGAGGACGGCUGAUGAGAGUAAAGAUGAAGAGGUCUAUACAGCGUUCACUCUGAGGAAGGAGAGCCAAGAGACUCUGGAGGCUAUCAGCUACAUGGCAGCUGUCCUGGGGGUGCUGCCCUCUGACUUCACCUACGCUGGCAUCAAGGACAAGAGGGCCGUCACCUACCAGUCCAUGGUGGUCAAGAAGAUCUCACCACAACGGCUGAGAGAGAAGACCAGUGAGUUUGAGAAGAGGGGGGUGGUCCUCUCCUCCGUCCGCUCCGUCUCUGAGCCUCUUCAUCUGGGUAGACUCCAGGGGAACCACUUUGACCUGGUGGUACGGGAUCUGAGACCACACCAGGGUCAUGGCACACUGAUGGAGCUGGACUCACUGGUGCAGGAGGCUGUGGAGAACGUACAGGUCAAGGGGUUUGUGAACUACUAUGGACCUCAGAGGUUUGGGACUGGACAGAGUGUUCAGUCUGACUGCGUCGGACUGGCCCUGCUCAAAGAGGAAAUGGUGGCAGCUGUCCGUCUGUUCUUCACACCAGAAGAGGGUGAUGACUCUCAGAACGUUGCCAAGAGACACUUCCUCCAGACUGAUAAUGCCAAGGAGGCCCUGUCUCUGAUGCCCAUGUCCAAGGCCAGAGAGAGGAUGAUGCUGAGGGCCCUACAUCGCUAUGGGACAGGCCCAGAGGGCUGCACCCGUGCCUGGCUCAGCCUGCCACAUGGGAUGAGGGUCUUCUACCCCCACGCAUACUGCAGCCGGGUCUGGAACGAGGCGGCUGCACACAGGCUGACCACGCUGGGCCACAGGGCCAGGCAGGGAGAUCUGGUCUGGAAGCAGAGGGGAGAGGAGGGGAUAGAGGCGGGAGAAACCAGCUUACCUCAGAUUCAUGUUGUUACUGCUGCAGAGGAGGAGGAGGAAGUCUACUCACUAGGACAGGUGGUUCUUCCCAUGCUUGGCAACAGUGUGAAGUACCCAGAGAACCCUGUAGGGGGCUGGUACCAGGAGAGACUGGCGAGGGACGGACUACAGAGCUGUCGUUUCAGAGUCACUCCUCUCAAACUGAACCUCCCUGGCUGCUACCGUCCCUUACUGGCCAUCCCACAUAACCUGACCUACAGGCUGGAGCAGGGCCAGAGAGCUGGGGAGAGGCAGCAGGAGUGUAAUGGAAAGUCACAGGCUAGUGGAGCGGUACCACAGCAUCCCGGCACAGACACACCUAGACCUGGAGGUCUGGAGAGGCAGAGAGGAGGGGAGUCAGCGGUGCUGUACCCUGACACAGACACAACUAGACCUGGAGGUCUGGAGAGGCAGAGAGGAGGGGAGUCAGCGGUGCUGUACCCUGACACAGACACAACUAGACCUGGAGGUCUGGAGAGGCAGAGAGGAGGGGAGUCAGCGGUGCUGUACCCUGACACAGACACAACUAGACCUGGAGGUCUGGAGAGGCAGAGAGGAGGGGAGUCAGCGGUGCUGUACCCUGACACAGACACAACUAGACCUGGAGGUCUGGAGAGGCAGAGAGGAGGGGAGUCAGCGGUGCUGUACCCUGACACAGACACAACUAGACCUGGAGGUCUGGAGAGGCAGAGAGGAGGGGAGUCAACGGUGCUGUACCCUGACACAGACACGCCUAGUUUGACGUUGAACUUUGACCUGGACUCUUCCUGCUACGCCACCGUCUGCCUCAGAGAGGUCAUGAAAUGUGACCCUUAAACUGGAGUCUCAGAUGCUGUAUGUACUACUGUGUACAGUAUUUUGAUUAGUAUUGUGUUGUGUACACAGUCUGGCCUCUUUUGUGUAGAUGUAAGAUACUGCUACAGUAUUGUGAUCAGUUUGCUGAUUCGUUGCCUGAUUUGUCAGACAUGUCGUUAAUAAAAGAAUGCUUUGUUAAUUUA